AUGCAUUCAGGUAACGCUAUGUCUGUUGAUACAGACACAUUCUUUGUGACGGAGGGAGAUUCAUUCACUCUAAAACAUGAUAAGAGAAAAACAGAAGAAGAUCAGGAGAUUAGGAUGAAUCAUGAUGGCAUCAGAUAUCUCAUCGGUAGAUGUGAUUAUCUUAAGUGUACAUUUGGUAAUAAGGAACUCGGAGACAGACUGAAAGUGUAUGAAAAUGGAUCUCUGACCAUCACAAACACCACAGUAACAGACUCUGGAGAUUAUCAUAUAACGACCAACUCUAAGAGCAUUCUCUCUACUAGAUCCUACUCUGUUGUUGUUCGUGGUUUUUUCAGUUUUGAUACAGACGGAGUGUCAGUGAUGGAGGGAGAUUCAGUCACUCUACACACUGGUGUUCAAAUGAACCAAAAACAAAUGAUUAGUAUUCGAAUUAAACCAAGAAAACAGAUUAAAUGGUAUUUUAAUCAAACUGCAAUAGCUGGAAUCAUAGAAUAUGAACCUUUCUUAGGAGUUCGAAGUUUUAUCUGUACAAAGGAUGAGUGUAAAGAGAGAUUCAGAGACAGACUGGAGCUGGAUCAUCAGACUGGUUCUCUGACCAUCAGAGACAUCAGAACCACAGACUCUGGACUUUAUGAUCUACUGAUCAACUGGGACCACUCACGCCGCAGCAGCAAUAACAAGAUCUUCAUCGCUGCGUUCAUGUGA